GCUCAAUGCUCAUUCAGUCCUGUUCUACUCUUAGAAGCGGGUGGUUCAUGUGUGUACAACGCUCUGACUAUCGUACCAUUUUCCUUCGGUUUAAGAAAAAUACAACUCACUAGUGACAAAAUUCGACAAUACACUCAUUUCGCGUCCACUAGAUCGGAAGGCGAGGGAUAAGUGGCCUUCAGAACGCUGCCGUCCUGUCCAAGCUACUCAUGAAGAUAAAAGACUAACAUGAGAGGUGAGCCGCGCAUCGGGCCACCUGAGACUAGCUACUCAUCUUUGGUGGAGGAAGUGCUGAGCCAUGGGCGUGAUCACAUUAGUGCUGAUCCUUUUGGCGGCAGUGUUGGCUUACGUCGUCAUCUGGGUCCAACACCGUCGCCAGCAGCACGCUAUCUUUUCCCGUCUAGGCAUCCCUUAUGUUCCUCCGCACCUCAUAUAUGGCAGCAACCACAUUCUGAGAGGCUCUGGUAAAAUCACCAUUGACGUUAUGGGUCAGUGGCUGCAGCAGUACGGAAAAAUCUUUGGGUAUUACAUUGGCUGGAAGCCCACACUGGUGGUUGCUGAUUUAGAUCUCAUUAAGACAAUUUUGAUCAAGGAUUUCCACAACUUUAGUAAUCGACCUAAGCUGGUGAUUGACGCUCAGCCUGUCGUGAACACUCUGGUGGGGCUGCGGGACCAGCGAUGGAAGGAUGUGCGCUCUGUGCUGGCCCCAACCUUCUCCAUGGUGAAAAUGAAGCACAUGGCGGGCAUUAUGAACGAGAAGAUCAAUGUACUAAUAAAGAUUAUUGAAGAAAAGAGUGGUAAGGGUGAGGCUGUAGAGAUGUAUUCCACUUUCCAGGGACUGACGCUGGAUGUCAUCAGCGAGUGCGCUCUUGCCAUGAAGACACAGUGUCAGCAAAAACAAAAUAAGGAUGAGUUAUUUAAGGCUGUACGAGGAUUCCUUAAAAACGCCAUCAAUCCUGCCAUUUUAUUGGCGCUAUACUUUCCCUAUUUCGCAAGCUUGAUGAGCUUUUUUAGCAAUCGUCUCGCACUGUCUGGACGCAUGACUCGCAUGAUUAUCGACCACCUCGAGGGCGUGAUUGCCGUCCGACGACGAGACAUUAACUCCCGGAGCGUGGACGUUCUGCAGCUGAUGCUAGAGGCAGCAGAGUCACGCUAUCAGGGCAGUGAAGGUGACAAGGACUGUAUAAAGCAUAAACUGCUCACGGACGAGGAGAUCAUAGCCAAUGCUUGGGUGUUUAUGCUGGGCGGGUUUGAAACCACGGCCAAUUCUCUCACCUACACCGCAUACUUGCUGGCCACUCAUCCCGAGGUGCAACAGCGGCUGUACGAGGAAGUGUGCAGCAUCAGUAAGGAGAGUGCGGAGGUUUCACUGACUUACGAGGAUGUGCAGCAGCUGAAAUACCUGGACCAAGUGUUUAGCGAGUCCCUGAGGCUUUACCCGCCCAUUGUCACCUUCAUCAUGCGGGAGAGCGCUGACGAUUUUAAGCUGGGAGAUUAUUUAAUACCGAAGGAUCUCUCCAUUCUGAUUCCCAUCUGGCAGAUACACCAUGACCCCGAAUACUGGCCAGAACCGCACACCUUCGACCCAGAGAGGUUCUCAGUGGACAACAAGGCCAUGAAGAUGCAGCAUCCCAUGUGCUAUCUUCCCUUUGGUGCUGGUCCCAGGAACUGCCCCGGCAUGAGAUUUGCCCAGCUGGAAGCCAAACUGACUCUGGCCAGGAUUGUGAAAACAUUUAGAUUGGACGUUUGUGAGGACACGCCCCAGCCUCUCACUUUCAUAAUCCCAACAGUGGCCAUCAACCCAGCCAAGAAAGUGUUUCUCAGAGCUGUGCCCAGAUGCAGUACCGAUCAACAUGAGAUGGGCGUGACGGAGGCGGCUGCUUGGGUCACAUGGACUUUGCUGGUAUCGACAGUGCUGGCUUACGUUGUUUACUGGAUCCACCACCGCCGUCACCAACACUCCUUAUUCGCCCGCUUGGGAAUCUCUUACGUCCCGCCUCACCUCAUAUACGGCAGCAAUCACACUCUACGGGGCCGAGGAGCGCUGGCCACCAAAGUUGUAGGCCAGUGGAUGAAGCAGUACGGCAAGGUGUUCGGCUACUAUGUUGGGUGGCAGCCGAAUUUGGUGGUAGCUGAUUUAGAUCUCGUUAGGGAAAUCCUUGUACGUGAAUUUCCAACUUUCGCUAACCGACCUACUUUAGUGAUCGACGCUCAACCCGUCGUGGACAGCCUGGUGGGGCUACGGGAUCAGCGAUGGAAGGAUGUGCGCUCUGUGCUGGCUCCGACCUUUUCCGUGGUGAAAAUGAAGUACUAUAUGGGCGGCGUCAUAAAUGAAAAGAUUAACGAACUGUUGUCAAUUGUUUCAAAGAAAGUCAAACGAGGAGAGCCCAUUGAGUGGCAUGCCACCUACCAGGGAAUGACGUUAGAUGUGAUCUGUGAGUGUGCCCUAGCUCUAAAAACACAUUGCCAGCGGGACCAAGAUGGCGACGACUUCUUUUUGGCAGUGCGACAGUUUCUUAGAAAUGCUGUAAAUACAGCCAUUCUUCUGGCACUUUACUUCAAAGUUUUUGCAAAAUUUUUGAGCUUUGUCAGUAAUCGUCUAGCAUAUUCAGGUCGCAUGACAAUGAUGAUUGUCAACCAUCUGAGGACUGUGAUCACCAACCGUCGCCGUGACUCGUCCAUCAAACACAUGGACGUGUUGCAACUAAUGCUGGAUGAGGCAGAGAAUACACAACCCAGUGACAAAGACUGUGUAGCAGAAUACAACUCUAAAUCUGGCAUAAAGAGGGAGUCUAAAAAAUUGACGGACGAAGAAAUAAUUGCAAAUGCCUGGGUCUUCUUGCUAGGAGGUUUUGAGACCACAGCCAACACAGUGACCUACAUGAGUUACUUGCUGGCUGUUCAUCCAGAGGUGCAAGAGAGAGUCUAUCAAGAAUUGUGUGAUGUAUUGCAGGACAGCCCAGAGGAGCUGACCUAUGAACAGGUGCACAGCCUCAAAUAUCUGGAUCAAGUGUUCUGCGAAACUUUGAGAAUCUACCCGCCCGCAGUGAACUUCGUAAGCAGAGAAGCUUCCAAAGAUAUCCAGCUGGGCGACUUGUUCAUUCCGAAGGGCAUGAGCAUUCAGAUCCCGCUGUGGCACAUUCACCGCGAUCCUGAGCAGUGGCCCAGAGCGGAAACAUUUGACCCGGAGAGGUUUUCUCCAGAGGCUCGGGCCACGUGCACCCGACACCCGAUGGCUUACAUUCCCUUUGGCGCUGGACCCAGGAACUGCCCUGGAAUUAGAUUUGGGCAACUCGAGGCCAAACUAGCUGUGGCAAGGGUCAUCAGGAGAUACAAACUCGUGGCAUACGAUGAUACGCCACUGCCUCUGGACUUCAAGAUUCCCACGGUUACGCUGAACCCCUCCGGCACUGUGCUGAUGAGAGCCGUACCCAGGUCUUGUUCCUUCCCGAUGUCUCCCAAAGCGAUGUAAACUGGCGUGUGUUCUCAAGACAUUCUGUGCAUGCAUUGUAGUAUUACAGUAACUGUUCUUCCUGGUAGCGCUCAUAUCCACGUAGAGUUUAGUAAUAUCUAUCAUAAAACAUUAGAAUAUUGAUAGUGUAACUUUUUACUGUUUGUAACUAAGUGGCUACACAAUAUUUAGUAUUUACAUUGAUUUUUAAUUGUUUUCCAGCGGAAUUUUAUUGUUUUUUUUUUUUUUUUUUUUUAGUAAACGUGUCUCAUAUCAUUGUUGUUUUUAGUAAACGUGUCUCGUAUCAUUAUAAAAGCAGUUGUUGUUCAUACAAUAUAGAAAAAUUCCUGAUUAAUGUUGCUUCAAGAUGCCUUACUUCCUUCCUCUAUACUCCAUGGAAUUAUAUUAGCAUGGAAAAAAAAUGAAUAAGUAAAACUGUAGAAGAUAGCAAAAGAUACACGUCAUUGCAGCAAUAAGGGAGAGGAUGAAGACAGUAACUUAGAAAAGAUAAAUUGAUAAGACUAAAGGUUUUUAAUCACUCAUGUCUAAAAGAGCGCUGUGAAUGGAAACACUCUCCGACUCAUUACAUGUGAAGUACAACUUUAUACGUAGACAGUGAAAGCCCCUGUACCUAGUAUAUACAUAGCAAGAGGGUAUGAAAAAUACUGAGAGAUGGUUCAGAACGCCUAACAUCAUAAAAGCUGCUUUAGUUAAAGAUAAGAUGUGAAGUGUGUGUGUGUGUGUGUGUGUGUGUGUGUGUGUGUGUGUGUGUGUGUGUGUGUGUGUGUGUGUGUGUGUGUGUGUGUGUGUGUGUGAACUGAAACUGAAACUUAAAAUUUAUUUGCUCAGACUUUUUUAACAAAAGUAUGGAGCACAGCUCCUUUAUCUCUUACAAGAUAAUAUUAUUCAAUACCUGACUUGUAUAUAUCGUUAGUCUAUCUAAAGAUUUUGAAUAUUACGUUCAAUAAUGUUAGUGCUUUGUUUUUGGUUU